GCAAAUCAAUGCCGCUGUAAGAAAGUAAAUACAAGAAAUCUCAAAAACUAUACCGGUCUGCAGCAAGAUGUCUUCAAUUUCCCUGCGUCAGCCAAGCUGCGUUGCACGCCAGGCCACUGGCGCCGCGCUCCCACUCCCAAGAAUUCGUACCUGUUCUACCUCUUAUUCACCGCGAUUCAAUGGAGUGAUCGCAGCUCCAAAUAGGAGCGGAGCGCCUAUCUCGCGAAGGGCAAUCCGAGUCUCCGCGGCGUCUGGAAUGAGCCCUGAGCUCAAGCGGAGUAUCGAUGAGUUUAUUUCUGCUAACAAAAUAGUGGUCUUCAUGAAGGGAACACGUCAGUUCCCGCAAUGUGGCUUCAGCAACACCGUCGUGCAGAUCCUCAACACGCUGGGGGUGCCGUACGAGACGGUCAACAUCCUUGAGGAUGAGCGGCUGCGCAGCGGCAUGAAGGAGUACAGCCAGUGGCCGACCUUUCCGCAGCGCUGCGUUUCUCACCCAACACUGUCGUACGGCACACCCCCAGGUGUACAUCAACGGGGAGUUCUUCGGCGGCUGCGACAUCAUGAUCGAGGCCUACCAGUCGGGCCAGCUGAAGGAGCAGCUGGAGGUGGCCCUCAACUCGUGAUGAAACACGGGAGGACGGGGAAUUGGGGAUGGAGGAGGAAGGAUGAGGAGCAGGAGCGGAGGAGCGCCUCGAGAGCUUGAGGCUAAGGGGUGGUGCAGCAGGAGUGGAUGAGGAGGAGGAACGGGUGUGGAGCAGGAAUGGUGAAGCAGCACAUAGAUGAUGACUCAAACCCAGAAUGAUUGGAGCAAAAAUGCAGAACUAGUGCUAGUGGGAUAGGCUAAGGGAGCGGCGGCAGGUCACCUUGGGGCUAGAUUCUAAAAGGGAGGAGGAUUGCAAUUUGGGUUAGUUUGACACGAUAAAAUUGCGAAGGAACGGUGAUGCGGUAAACAAUAUUGGAGAGGAUGAUGAAAGGGCGAGGGAGAGGGAUUGUUUGUUAGAGCGUUGCACGCCGUGGUCGUCAAUCCGCUUGCGGGCGCCGGCUGGAUUGUAGGGCGUCCUGCUUUUGCCCAGCUGGUGCGUUGCGUCUAUAAUGUGUACAAUACGUUGUUAGUCUACGAAAGCUGUGCUGUGGAAAUUGAUACCGUUCCUGUGCCGCACCGCGCGAACAUCGUCCAAGACUCAAUCUGACAGGAAAGCAAACGAAAACGGC